UUGAUCUCGAUAGUAAAGAGUAAAACAUGGCGGACUCCGGUCGGAAUUCGGAAAAGGGAAGUCCCUCCCAAGAUGGGAAAGAAAGCGACCAGGAUGACAAGUCGAAAAUACCAGCCAUGAAUAUUUUCCAAGCUGUAAAAGCUAACUAUUUAAUCCGAGUGCAAGAACUGGUAGAGAUUGAAGGUCCAGGGAUCCUUGUGGAGUGUGAUGAGAAGGGACACACUCCAGUACACUGGGCAGCUUUGGGAGGCAACACCAAUAUCAUCCGUCUUAUGGUGCAAUGCAAAGUACAAUUAGAUCUUCAGAGUAAAUCGGAGCUUGGUCCCAGACCCAUCCAUUGGGCUUGUGUGAAUGGUCACAUAGCGGUAGUUGACAUUCUGCUACAAGCAGGAGUACCCAUCGACACUGUAGAUAACAAGGGCUGCUCACCAUUGAUCAUAGCCUGUCAGUACGGCAAGACAAUGCUUGCAGGCUACCUCAUGGGUAAGGGUGCCAGGCUACAGUUGACUGAUAGAGAAGGAGAUAAUGCAUUGCAUUGGGCAGCUUUCAAAGGGAAAUGCGACUUGACGAGACUGUUGAUAUAUUCCGGCUUCAACCCAAGACAAAAGGACAAUUUUGGUCAGACGCCCUUGCAUUUGUCGUGCAUCAACGGUGACCUGAACACGGUCAGGAUGUUGUGUGAGCAGGAUGGCGUGGAGAUGGAGCUUGAAGAUCAUAAUCACAAGUCACCCUUAGCCUUGGCUACUGGGCGUAACCAUACGCCCAUUAUCUCCUACCUUAACAAGAAACUGAAUAAGAGCUGGAGUGUUUUACCUCAUAUUGACUUAAGUACAAUUGUAUUUGGACCUCCAGGAAACACAAGAUUUCCUUUCGUCUUCCUUGUGUCAAACUUGAUCUUCUUUGCAUAUCCCAUGUAUGUCUUCAAGCUUUUGCCCAUCUAUGGGUUCUCUGAGAUGCCUGUGAUGCACUCCAUAUUCAUAAUGUUAAAUACCUUCAUGUGGAUGAUGUUGUAUCGAUGCUACAACACCAAUCCUGGUUAUCUGCCUAAGAAUUCACCGGACUAUGACCGUGCUAUUAGGCAGGUUGCCCACUUUGCUGAAUGGAAGCAGGGCAAGAAUCCUCUAAGUCGGUUAUGUCACACCUGCCGGAUAGUCAAACCCCUACGCACAAAACACUGUAGAACAUGCAAUAAAUGCGUGGUCCAUUUUGACCACCACUGUCCGUAUAUUUACAACUGUGUUGGCUUAAAAAAUAGGGUGUACUUUUGUGGUUUUACUACCUCGCUGGCGAUUAUGGCUAUCUUUACGAUAUACUUCUCCUAUCUCAUGGUUCAUCGUGACGGAUUACAGCUCCUGUAUAUGUUUGGUCUGGUGGAGGUUAUCUUCUUUGGCUUCAUUGCUGCAGGACUCACUAUUACAGCGUGGUACAUGGCCUUCCUCAACAUCAACACAAACGAGCGGGUGAAUCACAAACGUUAUGACUACCUGAAAGACGCCAAUGGUCACUACUUCAAUCCGUACAACCGAGGAAUAAUUCAUAACCUGAAGGAGUUCUUCCUUAUAAGAGCGCCCCCUAGUGAUGAAGAGAUAGAUCAAGCUUCCGUGUACACAGUAUAGACAUGUCUCCAUGUUGGAGUUUGGUAUUUAACACUAAUUCUGUGGCUGUGGUUGGAACUUUACCUGCCUUCAGAUCUUUUCAUCUAGAAUUCUACCUCCCUUCAGAUUGCUUCAUCUAGAACUUGACCUAUCUUAGGAUUGCUUUAUCUAGAACUAGAACUCUGACCACAUUCAGCUUGCUCAUACGAGCACCACCUAGUGACGGAGAGAUAGAUCAAGCUUCAGUGUACAUAGUAUGGACAGGUCAUGUUGUUGGAGUUUGAUGUUUGAAACUUGUUCUGUGACUGUGGUUAGAACUUUACCUGCACUCGGCUCUUUUCAUCUAGAACUUGACCUGCCCUCAGAUUGCUUUAUCUUCAUGAUCAGAUGGCUUUCUAGAACAUUACCUGUAUUCAGACUGCUUCAUCUAGUACUUUUAGUACUCUACCAGCCUUCUGAUUGCUUCAUGUAGAACUCUACCGGCCUUCAGAUUGCUUCGUCUAGUACUUUUAGUACUUUACCAGCCUUCAGAUUGCUUCAUCUAGAACUCUAUCUGCCUUCAGAUUGCUUCAUCUAGUACUUUUAGUACGUUACCAGCCUUCAGAUUACUUCAUGUAGAACUCUACCAGCCUUCAGAUUGUUUCUUUUAGAACUCUACCUGUAUUCAGAUGGUUUCAAGAGGCUGAAUAAAAAGACUGAAUAUGUUUUGCCUGUCCAAAAAAAAUCAUAAUACAGUUUGCCAGAAUGAAUUACUGCUUAAAACAAUUCUAUUAGCUAAUCAAAACAGUGAACUGAUGACAAACAAUGCAUCACUUUUUUUUAUUAUUUUUGCUGGUGCAGCCUAUUUCUGCUGAGCAAACCUUGCCCAAUGAACACUUAACUGGAUGUUCAUGUCUCAUGUUCAGAAAACAUGUAAGUGAACUUACCAUGCCUCGGAGGAGGGUUUCUGUUUCAUAAACGCUGAUAACUGGCAAAGCAGAAGGCACACCAGGGCACAAUUUCUGCUAAGCAGAAAUGAGCAGGAUACAAGUUAAAACUUGUGCAUGUGAUAUGGUAGUUUUGCUGGUAACCUUAUUCUGGUAAGCAUAUUUUUUGUGCUUAGCUACUUGUUAUACUUUUGGCAGCUCUAUGAAAUUGGGCCAGUGGUCACCAGAACGGCUGUUGAGAGCAGAAGGCAUAUUUGUCUGCUUGGCCAAAUUUGAGGAAGCUGACUAGCGGAAAAUUGUGCUGUGCAAUUCUUUUUCUGAUCAUCUAAAACAUGCAGGGGACAAGUCGCAAACUAUGUAUAUAACAAGGCAUUUUGCCUGCUGACCUUAUUCUUCUAAGCAAGAUUUUUCUGUGCUUAGCAUUUUUUUAUUUAUUUAUUUUGUUUUGCUUAUCAGCUUUAUGAGAUUAGGGGCGAUUGGUUCGUGUCAGUGCAAAGCGUCAAUCUUCCAUGAAACUUGCACUUUCUUCAAUAUUUUUGCCGGGGGGAAGCGCACAAAAUUUGUUGGCUGUUUUAACACAUUUAUCUUUGCUCUGAAAAAACUAUCUUUUGCUGCAUUGUGAAGUUUGAUUACACGUAGUUUACAGCAGGAAUUUGUAUAUAGAUCAUGAACUGCGAAAUCAAUGAAACCCUUCAGUAGAAAUAUACACCUGUACAAACCAUUGAUUUCCAGUGCCUUUGUUUUAUAUUAUAGGCAUAAUUUUGUCAACCAGAAACCAAAUGCAUUGACAAAAUUGUACAUAAAUGAUUAUUUAUAAAGCUGUAACUAAUCAGACGUAUUUUUUUCUAGCCUAUUGAUUUGCCGUUGUAAUAAAUCCUAUACUUACUGAAAAAUUA